UCUCUCUCUCGUUUUCGCCCCACUGAGUUACAAUUUACAUGAUGCAUACGGAAUAAUAAUUAUGCGAUUCAUUGGAAAUCUAUACAUCUCUACCAGGCGUGAAGUUCCGAUUUAACUACUGUCGAGCGGUAAUUCAUCGCCGCGGGCGCGAGCGAAUGCUGCGAAUAACGAAGCGUCGCGCGCAAAAGAGAGACGACUGUACAGGGCUGCAACUGUAGCAGCGUGAAAUCGAUUUUUUUCUCUUCUCCCUCUUUUUUCUUUUUUUUUUUUUAAUUAAGACUGGAACGCGCGUCCCAUUGACACGCGCUCGGGUGUGAUUGUGGCGUCCGGACAAAACGGAGCGUGCAUUCACGAACGCGCGGUUCACCCCGCACCCGUCGUCGUCGUCAUCAUCGUUGUCGUCGGCGCGCACACGCACGUCGUCGCACACGUGCAACGUAUGACAAUUGGCCGCGGUGUAAUGCACACCACAGAGAAAUGAUCACGCAUGCGUCUCGUCGGGAGCCGGGCCGACGACGGCACCCGGCUCUCUCGCACAGUUUAUAUAUUAGUUUACAUUAGGACAGAGAGACGGACACCGCAAACCGCCGUGUAAACUGCGCUCAUCGUCGGCAACGUGCCCGCGAGCGUUCUCCUCGCGCGCGUCGAGGAUAAAGAAAGGAAAAGAAGAAAAAGGAAGAAGAAAAGGGUCGCGUGCGUGUCGCGCUACGCGUGUGAAGUAAAGUUAAAAAAGAAAAAAAAAAGAGUUUUAGAACAAGCUGUAAGUAGAUCCUUUCUUUCGGUGAGUGCCGCGGAGAAAUGCGCGGUCGGGAAAGCGUUUUGUUUUUUUUUUCUUUUUUUUUCCGACGGAAAAUGACAACUGCACUAGCAUUGAGAGAGGGAGAGACGAUGAUGAUAAUGAUAAAUCGGCGCCGCGGCGAACGGGAGAGCGACGAAAGGAGACGUAGGAGAGACGGAAGCGCGCGCGGAUGCUGCGGAAGUUUAAUGCACAGUCAAUUCCGCUUGAUAGCAACCAAUCAGACGACACAGAUCUAUGAUGCGCUUCUCUUCUCCCCCCUUCCCCCGGAUUCUCUCGAUCUCUCCUCUCGCGACGGCGGCGGCGGCGGCGGCGGCGUGCCAGAGACAUUAAAUUGAAAUAGUUGCGUUCUGCCGCGCGCCGCCGCGUCUUCGCGCUAAUAUACACGCCGGCGUGUUUAUCGCCCGCAACAUUUGUGUAAACCGCAAAACGACGAUCGCGAUAUUGCGGGAUUAGUGGUUUUCGACUAUUGGAGGCGAUCCAGUAGUACACGAUUUUUUUUUUUAGGAUGAAAUUUCAAAGGCACCGCCGUCUUCCCGUUCGUCCGUCUUCAUUAGAGAGAGCGAAGCUGAACACGUCGACAUGAACAGCAAGAGUGCAUUACUGGUGCAGCGCUGGAUGCUACAGCCGCGCGUGUUGCUCGCUCUCGUUUUGCUGCAAUUUAUCAUUCAGUUUUUCACGUCCGCCUAUCUGUAUAAGUACGUCGCGAGCGUGGAGAGUGAUCUUCGCCGGGUAAAAAGCGAGUACCCGCCGGAGGCCGCGGCAAUUCCGCGCCGAAGACGCAGCAGCGCGCUGCCGACCGCCGAGGACAACGCCGUUUCGGAUAUAGCCAGUCGGAUUCGAGAUGACAAGGAGAUACAGAGUACGAAGAAGGUAACUGAGGGCUCCCCGAUGGUAUCCGGCUCCGCGUCCUCGCCGACGGUGGUCGGAGGUCAGGACUGGGUCUGGUUGAACGCCGACACACGAAUACAAUUCGACGCGAUAGAAAAUUUUUGCCGUUCGUCCGCGAAGUAUUGUCCACCGGGCCUUCCCGGUGCACCCGGAGAUCCGGGUCCGCCAGGUGAACCGGGUUUGCCGGGUGUCCCGGGAGUGGAGGGCCCGAAGGGACCUCCCGGUCAUCCCGGUCCCAGAGGGCCCAAGGGCGACAUCGGGCCACCGGGCUUCGACGGGAGGGACGGGAUACCGGGUGAGCCCGGUUUGGACGGUAUUCCCGGUAGAAGUGGUUUGGAUGGCGUACCCGGGAGUAACGGUAAACCAGGUACGAACGGAUUACCUGGAGCGCCUGGAAGAAACGGAACGGACGGAAGACCAGGGCAAAUGGGGCCCCAAGGACCACCAGGACCUCGCGGAGACAUAGGUCCGCCUGGUCAUUCAGGAGCGGCGGGAAAGGAUGGCAAGCCAGGUAUACAGGCAUACAAGAUAAACUUGAACGAUUACAAGAAUGAGAAUGACAUAUUGAUACCGCCAUCCAUUGUAGAGAUUGCACCGUCGUUAAAUGCAAGCGGCGUGAUUUCGGUGAAAGAAAGAAGUAACAUACGGCUGAGAUGCGCCGCGAGUGGAAAACCGCAGCCGGUUAUACAAUGGACCAAAAUAGACGGUUCCAUGAUACCCAUGGGCCCCUGGCAUGUGAGCUCUAUUACGGGCCAUACGUUCAACAUCAGCAAGGUAACCCGGGAACACAUGGGCGAGUACGUGUGCAACGCUGAUAACGGAAUACCUCCGGCACAGUACAAGAAGUUCAAGCUUCAAGUCAAAUUUCCGCCGUUUAUUCGUAUACGCAACCAAGUGGUACGCGUGCAAAACCAAAAUCCAGCGACAUUGGAAUGUGAGGUGGAAGGCUUUCCCGAGCCGGCGGUAUACUGGGAACGCAGUGACGGCCGUCGCCUGAGAAUGUCGGAUAAGUACAAAAUGGAGGUUUACGACAGGCGCGACAAUUACAAGCUGAAGAUGAAGUUGAGGAUCGCGAGGGUGACUUCAUCGGAUCACGGGACUUACCACUGCGUGGCAAGAAACGAUUUCGACACUGUCAAGGGUUCCUUUAUAGUAGACGACACAAAGGACAUCGAUAAACACAAGUUAUGGAAGGAGGAGCACGUAACAUACGGCCAUCCCAUGCCCAUGAGCGUCGAUGAGGAGCAAGAAUCAUGCAUCCCUCCACAAGAAACCUGCGCGACGUGCCCUAAGUGCACGUACACAGACACAAUGAACGUGCACGUUCAGCCGUUGAGCGAUAUUAAUAUUACGCGGCCGCCGCCGCGGUUAGCCGAGGGUUUUAUAGAGGCUAUAGGAAAACCCGUGCUGAAAGGGAACAUGGACGAUCCUUACGGAAGUUGGAUGCACGACGCGUCCUCGAGUAACGACAUCAUGUCCGACAAACUUUGGGUCACUCGCCACAACGAGACAUCCAACAUCUACGAAUACAAAUCGAAGGAGCAUUUCAAGAACAAUUCGGGAGCUCACCGGAUAGAAUUGCUUCAUCCUUUCCAGGGUAAUGGACACGUAGUUUACGAAAAGUCGUUUUUCUACAAUCCUGUUAAUCGAUCGUCGGUCCUCCGAUACGAUCUCAUCACGUCCUCGGAUUCCCGGCAGUGCAGCGUCGCCAAUUGCGAGAUGCCGCUCCCGUGCCUGGACGUCUACGGCCAGAACUAUCUCUACGCGCGCAAUUUCACCUACACGGAUUUCAACGUAGACGAGAACGGUUUGUGGGUCAUUUAUCCAUUGGCGCCCAAUUGUAACGGUAAAAAUACAGUGGUGGUAAAAAUGGACCCCAGCAAGAUGAUUAUUCAGUACGCGUGGAACAUCAGUAUCGAUCACCGUCAAUUCGGAGAGAUGUUUAUCGCGGGAGGCGUGCUUUACGCUAUACGCAGCGUCACGGACGACACCAUGGAGAUACGAUUCGCCUUCGAUCUCUACAAAAAUACGACGCUGGAUGUAAACUUGUCGUUUACGAACCCGUAUCACAAAACCACGGCAGUCAGUUAUAAUCAUAAAACUAAGGAGCUCUACACGUGGAAUAAGGGCAACCGAUUAGCCUAUCCGGUGAAAUGGCAGGAGUUAACUGAGAGGGAACCAUAUUCGCGAUACGCGCACGUACCACGAAGAAAUGCGCGUAGAAGCGCCGCUAAUCAUCGUGAAAAUGUUAAUUAAACAAGUUUGAGCCUCUCCUUUCGAGUUUUCUUAAACGCGUAUAUUUAUCUUGUAACACGUGCCAAAAAUAAACAGUUCAAACGAGA